CUAAAAUGCGCGGCAGCAGCCUCGCGCAGUUCGGCUGCGUACAAGAAUCAUUAUUUUUAGCGCCCUAGCUCGUGUUGCAGUUUCGGGGUCGCGAGCUUUUCUCUCCACCUCCGUGCCACACUUUGAGCAGGACCUGCAGUUGAGCACCAGAGAGCCAGAGCUGGAGUUGCGGGGCGUUUGACGGUAGAAAACGAGGAGGAGGAUAACGGGCUGACAGAGCGGGGAGGGGAGCACCACCAACACAUCUUAUCACAUAUCACGUAUCACCGUCCGGUACACACUCACUCACUCUGUGGUCCUCGGUAAACGGCCUGCCCGGAGAUGGCUAGCCCCACAGCAGGUCGAGAUAACCCGGAGGCUUCGCCGCGGGACGAGCCGGAGCUGUCAGGGUCGCACCAUCCCGAACCAGCCUGUCUGGAGGCGCAGAAAUGGAUAGAGGCUGUAACAGGGAAGAGCUUUGGAGACAAGGACUUCCGCAGCGGACUGGAGAAUGGCAUCCUGUUAUGCGAGCUGCUGAGUGCAAUCAAACCAGGGCUGGUCAAGAAGAUCAACAGACUGCCCACCCCCAUCGCUGGCCUGGACAACCUGUCAGUCUUCCUGCGGGGCUGUGAGGAGUUGGGCCUGAAGGGCUCCCAGCUGUUUGACCCCGGGGACUUGCAGGACACUUCCAUACGGGCCAACCUCAAGGACUCUGACUGCAACCGCAAGCUAAAAAAUGUGCUGAACACAGUGUUCUGGCUUGGGAAGGCUGCCAGCGGCUGCGCCUCCUACAGCGGCCCUACUCUCAACCUCAAGGAGUUUGAAGGGCUUCUAGCUCAAAUGAAGGUGGAGAGCGAGGAAGGAGGCGACAGUUCACAGAAGCGCAGCGUGAGAGACAGCGGCUACGACUGUUGGGACUCUGAGAGGAGCGACUCUCUCUCUCCACCAAGACACACUCGAGACAACUCCCUAGACAGUCUGGACUCCUUCGGCUCCCGCUCACAGCACAGCCCUUCUCCUGAUGUGGUGAAUCGAGGCAACAGUGAUGGGCGAGGCAGCGACUCAGAGGCCGAUGCCCCCAGCAGAAGGCCAGAUGUGCGAAAAGAUGACAUGUUGGCCAGACGGACGGCCAGCAGUGAAUCAAGAUGCUCCAUUCCCUUUAACCAGUUUCUUCCCAACCGAACCAACGCCAGCUCCUACAUCCCAACUCCACGCCGAAAACCACACACAGAGGAAGGAGAGCAGCGGAGUCACCCCCAAGCCACUCCAGAACAGCCUAAAAAAACUGGACCACACCACAAAACUCCUAAGACUGUCACUUGGGCACUUGAGAACAAUGGGGAAAAAGUAAAACAGGAAGAGGAAAAGGUGACCCGGGAAUCGGUGGAGCAGAGGAGGCUGCAGAUGUUGGAGAAGGCAGGAAUUAAAGUGCUGCCUGCUGCCGUUCGCUACAGCAGCCCUCCCACAAUGGAGCACCGGGAAGUGAGGUCACCGUCCCCAAACAUCAUCCUUCGCUGCGAAAAUGACUUUUUGAGCUCUAACAAAUCUGCAUUGGACUCCUCUGACGCAGAAGAGGAGGCAGAGGUGAGGAAAGUCCCCGAUGUUCAGAGAGAUGACCUGGCAUCCAGACGAGCUCUUCGCAGCCCCGUCGCUCCCAAAGUGCAUCAGUUUGUCCCUCCACCUGUAUGUAGUGACAAAGACCGAGAGCGCUGGGAAGGCAUUAGACGAGCCUCUCAGCAAACGCUGCAGGAGAAGGAGAUCAGUGAAAAGGAAGCAGUCCCUGACAUCAUUACACGCAGAGACAACCCCUUCCUUAAAUCCGCCCCUCGCCAUGAGGAAGAGGAGGAUGAGGAGGAAGAUGGAGAAGAGGUUAAGGCGAUGCCUAAUAAGCAGAAGGAUGACCUGGCUCGGAGGCGGGCUCAGAGUAAGCCCCUCCCUCACAGGGAUGGACCAGUGAGCUUUGUUACUGCCUCCAUUAGCGAGGCAGAUAUGCAGAAGUGGGAGAGACUCAAGAUGACUGAACCCAGUGAGGCUAGCCCGGCCCCUGUGUGUCAGGCUUGUCUGCAGAAAAAUUAUGGAAGUCCUUUCAGCGGAUCAGCAAAGGCUGGACGAGGUCACAGCAAAGUUGUGACCUUUGGAGGUGUGACUGAGAUCGGGCAGCCAAUAGACACAGUCACGUCAAGUGAAGGGGAGGAGACGGAGUUGCUAAGACGACUCCUUUCCAAGACAACUGUAGCAAUGCCUACCAUUGGCCUGGGCUCCCAGCUUUCAGAGCGGGAACGCAGGCAGGUAGAUGGAGCUGACCUCAAUCAACCCACCCCUCCUUCUGCUGACCUCCCACCCUGCACCCCUGAAACCCCUCCUUCUGCUGCUGAGCUGGAUGCACGUCUGGCUCAGUAUGAACAGAGAGCAGAGGAGGAGGAUGAGGAGGAAGAGGAAAGAAUCCCAGAUCUUCGGAAAGACGACAUGAUGGCGAGGAGGACGGGAGUUUUCCAUAAACAAAGCGCCUCUACAGUGACUUACAACCGUUUCCUGCCUCUGCCCAGCACUAAGCGCGACACACAAGGGGAGGUCACCACUGAUGCUGCUCCGCGGAACAAAAGGAAAGUGCAGGCAGACAGGAGCAAGAAACUGAAUGUCAGGAGUUUCUCUCAUAGAGUUGAGCAGCAGCCACCCAGAGUUCCCAUGGAAACACCUCAACCGCAUCCUGACACGAUUGUCAUCCGAGCAACGUCUCACAGCGAACGAGAGUAUGAUGAUGAUGACGAGUACGAUGAAAAUGAGCCUCUGCCUGACCUGGAGAAGGAUGAUAUGAUGGCACGAAGGACCAGAUCAUUCCAAAAACAGAGUGCAGCCAGAACAAACCAGUCCCUCAACCAGUUCCUCCCAGUGCCUGGAUCAGUUAAAUAUAACAUCGCCCCAGUGUCUGCAAUGAAGCCACUACACAGCAGACCUAAACUCACAGAGAAGAUGGCUUGUGAGAGCAGCAGUGUUACCGUGGCAGCAGAACCUCAAGCCCUGCCCUCCAAAGCCCCGAUCCUCUGUACGCGUGCAGGGCUGAGGGAGAGACAGGACGAGGAUGGAAAGCAAGACAUGACAAUCCCUAACACCUCUGUCACAAAUGUGACUGAGCCCCCCUCUCCAUUGCGCACCCCUCCAUCCAGUCCUGCUCGUGCUCAGACUUUUAAAGUGAAGGCAGAGCUUGAAAACCAGAGUGUUGAGGAAAGAGCUGAGGAAAAGGUGGAUGAGAGAAAGAAGGACGUGAACGAGCAACCACGAAAGAAACCGUUCUGGCUGGAUGACGAUAAUCUACCUCCCAUCAUGAUGAGCCGGAGAGUUGCUUUUAUGUCUGAGGACACUGAGAGCGUGAGUAUGAGUGACAUGCUUAACGAGGAUGAGGUGGGACACUUACCGCCACUGAGCCAAUCGCGAUAUGAGCGCAUGCACGAACAGUACAACAACUUUCAGGAAGAUGACGACCACUGGCAAAAUGACUUGGCUCGCUGGAAGAAUCGCCGCCGCAGCGCAUCGCAGGAACUGAUCAGGAAAGAGGAAGAGAGAAAGAGGAUGGAGAAAAGGAUGAAGGAGGAGAGAAGUGAAAGCAAUAAGAGGAAAAGCAUUAAGACCUACAAAGAGAUCGUGGAGGAGAAGGAGCGCAGAGAGGCAGAGUUGUGUGAAGCCUACAGGAACGCAGCGACUCCAGAGGAGGCCGCCAUGGUUUUACAACGAUACGCUCUUCGCUUCACCAUUAGUGACGCAACACUGGACAGCCUGAAACUGCCCAGAUCCACUUCAAAACCCAAACACGACCUUAUUAAGGUGGACAAGGAGCACAAAACAACACCACCUAUCAAUGAAACAUCAGAGCCUCUGUACAAACCAGAGCCAUCUGUUACACAACACCAGACGCCCACAGACCCUGAAGAGAUGGAAACAGAUCCAACUGCUCAACAAGAGACAUCAGCUUCUGUCUCUCCCAGCUUCCCGACACUUGGCAGCCCACUCAGCCCAAUCACAAACUCAGAAAGCGUGCCACCUCAGUCACUAGAACUGAAUGAGCCUCAGUCCAAACCAACCGAGUCUCCAACUACACAUCAAGAACAGCCGAUCACAGGAGGUGCAGAGCCUCAAACCAAACACACUCCGCCUCAGACUGCACAAGUGCAACCUCAAACCUCACAGCCUGUACACACACUCCCCUCCCCUCCAUCUGUAUCCCCCAGACCCGUCCCCCUGCUGGCAGCCAAGCCCUACUGCCAGCCCAGGAACACACAGCCUGGACACAAACCUGUCAAGAUGGACGGGUUGGUGCGAGUGAAUGGAGAUGUGAUGGAGGAUUUAUCUUCUUCCACUCCACCUAUCUCUGCACAGCACUCACCACUGGAGGUCAAAGAUGUUCCCUCAGAGCAGACUGAGAAAGCUGUUCCCUCUAAACAUACAGAAACAAGCGUUCCCCCCAAACCAACAGAGAAAGAUGUUCCCUGCACACUGACAGAGAAACACGUUCCCUCCAAAGAGAUAGAGAAGGACGUUCCCUCCAAUCAGACGGAGAAAGAUGUUCCCUCUGAGCAGAGUACGACCAAUCAGGAGACGGUGCAGCAGACGCCUCCCCCACAGAUGCCGCCUCCACAGACAGAAAAACCAACUUUGUCUUUAGGCUCGGCCAUCAGCUCCCUGAUUGGAGGCCGAAACUGUACCAUCACGACAACUAUUGUGACAGAGCUCACACAUGUGGAGCCGCAUCAUCCGGAUAUCCACAGCAAUGGACAGGUCAACGGUACUUCUGGGUUAUCUGGGAGUCCAGUGGAGGAGAACAAGGUGCAGCCGGCUACAUCACAAAACAGCAUGCACGAAUAUUCUCCCACUGUCACAGAGGGACUUGAGGAGAGCAGUGUGACUAUUGAGACCCCCAUGUUGAACUUGGCUAAACGUGUUAAUCACUGGGUCUGGGACCCCAAUGAGGAGCGUAAACGCCUGGAAAGUUGGCAACAGGAGCAGGAGCGCCUCCUACAGGAGCAAUACCAGAGAGAGCAGGAGAAGCUGAAGAAGGAGUGGGAGAAAGCCCAGCUUGAGGUGGAGGAGGAGGAGAGGAAGCACAAUGAAGAGGAGAGAAAGAUCUUGGAGGAGACUGUGACACCCUUAAAUCCCACCUGCUCAUUAAACCAGCAGUUGGGACAGACGGGGACGACUCCAUCAACUCCAGAAAACAACAAGACAGAAAUAAGAAAUGUUCCUGCUCAGCAAAACGGCCAAAGACCCUCCCCUGGGAGUGAGGAUCAGCACGCAUCCAAGCUGCAUUUUUUCCAGGGUGAGAUGCAUGCAGAAAUACACGCUGAUGCAGGAGAUUCUGCAGGUGACGGUGAACCUUCAAAGAAACAGGAACUGUGGAAGACGGCCUCUCUGGACCGCAACCCUCAGCUGAACCAGCCACAUAUUGUUAAACGGUCUGAAUCACAUGACGCCGUGACAAGCAAACAGCAGAUCUCCCCUUCAUCACCUCAGCCUCCCUCACCUAGCAGGUGUGUUAGUGGGAAGAGACUGUGUACUGGUUGUUCUCAGCCUCUGGGAAAAGGAGCUGCUAUGAUCAUCGAUACACUGGGACUCUUUUUCCACAUACAGUGUUUUAAGUGUGGAGUGUGUGAAGGGCAGCUGGGUGACGCCACUACAGGGACUGACGUACGGAUUCGUAACGGACUGCUGAGCUGUCAUGAGUGCUAUAUUGCAUCUCGGGGCAGAGGUCAGCCCACCACACUAUGAUGAACUGGAAGUCCCCACUGUCCUCAUCUGUGAUUGGACGUAGAAGAAUUCUUGAGCUUUGACUCACAUCCUGGAAAUUCUGGAAUUCUCUUGAAAACUUAGAAUCAUCAUCUUUCUCCUGAAUUGCACAAACAGCUUUAUGGAUGUUACUGAGAGCAAAAACUGGACUGACAUGCAGACUGAGUGACACAGCAUCACAUGCACAUACAGAACAGUGUGUGUGCUUAUUAACUGUACACAUGUAUACACUUUAACAUUUUAAUACGUGUAGCAUGGAUGUAAUCAAACAAAUCAACGUGUUUAGACCUUUGCACAUCCAUAUUUAGCACAGUUAGACACUAAAAUAAGGAUCUGAUAACAUGUUAACGCUGAACGCUGAACCACUGCACAUCAGUCUCAAAGUCUUGAUUCAUUAACCCCUGCUUCUGCACUGAUCAUGUGACAGGUCUGGGUUGGAAAACCGGAAGUAGCUUGACCAUUACAAUGCCUUACUCAUCAUCAUCAUACUUUCUCAUCCUUUUUUUGGGUUUUGUGUUUACAGUUUUGCAUGAAAGAAGAACAUAUAUAAGUUAUUGUGAGUAUUGCUCAGAUGACGUAGUGUGAGUUUGACGUACGUUGUUAUCGUCUCGACAGCUGAACUUUCCUCUUGUAUGUUGUACAUCAUCAUGAUAUUUUCCGUUUUUUUUUUUUUUUUUGGGCAUCUCGCUAACUUACACAAGCUUUUUUUUUUUUCUUUAUAAUUAAUUUUACAGGAAUGAGAAUGCAUGUUAUUAAUUAUAUACUUGUUCUUUGGAUUUUUAAAUAUUUUCCCUUUAAGAUGUUUUAGCCAUUGUUUUAUUCUCAUAGACUGACUGCAUCCGAAUCAGUGCCUUAUGUAAUGAAUGCGAGAGGGCUAGUGUAUGUGCAGGAGCUGUUCACACCCACACGGACCUCUGGGUCUUGGCACAUGUGUGUGUAUGUGUGUGUGUGUGUGUGUGUGUGUGUGUGUGUGUGUGUGUGCGUGAGUGUAUGAGGUCAUGCAUGUACAGGUGCGACUGCAAUGUGUGAUCUGACUUGAAGCACAGUUCCAUACCAGCAAAAAACAUUUCAAAUGGAUCUUCUAAUCACCUGCUCUUUUCUUCCACCCCCUCUUCCAUGAGCUAAACCAAUGACACAAAGUGAUUUGCUGCUUCCCUGUUAAUUGUUCCUCCUUAUAAUGACAGCUCCACAACGUCCUCCUAUAAUCUCUCCUCGUCUGCCUCUCUCACAAGUGUUGCCUCCCCAGAGUCUGAGCUGAACGCCUCUCUCCUCUGUGUGUCAUCGCCUCAGUCUGAACACCUGACAGCGUCUUCAUCACUCAGAGGAACAGAGCGCUCAGUUCAUUGUCUUUUAUAGCAAGUGUAUGUUUAUCAAUAAAAUAUUUUAAAUGGGA